UGCGGGCGAUGGAGCUCGGAGGCGCUGGGCCCGCGGCGGGGCCCGGGCCGGCGCUGGGCCGGGGCGGCCUGGAGGCCCUGCAGCACACGGUGGGCUCGGUGCUGGCCAGCUAUGGCUGGUACAUGCUGCUGGCCGUCGUCGCCGUGUAUCUCCUGGUGCAGAAGGUGUCCCGCAGCCUGGCGGCGCGGCCGAGCGGCCGGCGCGGAGCGGCUGAGGCGGCGGAGGAGCCUGAUGUGGUGGUAAGAAGGCAGGAAGCUUUGGCAGCAGCUCGCCUCAGGAUGCAAGAGGAAUUGAAUGCACAAGCAGAAAGAUACAAAGAAAAGCAAAGACAGCUGGAGGAGGAGAGGCGAAGGCAGAAGAUCGCCAUGUGGGAGAGUAUGCAAGAAGGAAAAAGCUACAAAGGAAACCUGAAACUGAAUCAGCAAGAAGUAGAAUCUGGUGCCUCCGCCUCAGCAGUCCCAAAAUCUAAACCAAACAAAAAGCCUUUGAGAGGAGGUGGCUAUAACCCCCUGUCUGGAGAAGGAGGAGGGACGUGCUCCUGGAGACCCGGCCGGCGGGGCCCCUCAGCAGGUGGAUGAGGCUAAUGUCCCUAGUGUCCCCUGGCACUAGCAGCCUUGAUCUUACCCCCUGUCUAACUGCCUACAGCCAGCCUGUCACAGGGACUCCUUUGGGGCUGGUUUAGUGCACUUGUUAACUUAAAACAGUUUUUUGUUUGUUUGAUUUGCACCGUUUCCAAAUUGUAAUGCAUUGGCUGAUCUUACACCAGAAAAAUAUCUGAUCCUCUUCGAGAGGGCAAAGAGAGAAGCAAUUUCAGUAUUACCAGUUAAUUUUCACUCUUCUGUAGAGAGGGAACAUAGUCUCCAGCCAAGGUGGAUCACUUGGGAUUGUGAGGUCUGGGCUCUCUGACAAAUUUAGUUACCUAUGCUCACUUAACCUCUGUAAGAUGAGGAUAUUUACCGUCUUCAGACAUGUUACCAGAUUUACCUUCCAGCUAAACACAGUUAUUUAGAGAGUAAGGAUAUUAUCAUUGGCAGACACCUUGAAUUUAGGCAGAGGGACUUUCAGAAAAAGCACAGGUGAUCUGACAAAUGCCACGGAUUUGCACUGAAGGCCAGUUACUGCAGAAGAGUCUCUGUGACAAGCCAGCUUGAAUGAUGUUUUCCUUAUAAAUGGUGAACAAACCAGUGAGGAUUACUGAUGCUAGACAGCAGACAGGGGGGUCUUGCUAUUCCUUUUUUUCUUCUUUUUUUUUUUUUCUUUCUUUUUUUAUUUCAACUGCUUUGUAAAAACAAGACACUAUUAAUAUUAAAUAUAAUUGCAAACAUCAUAAAUCUAGUGUUUACAAUCUCGUGGUUUUCUACAGCAUCUUUUUUUAUAGAAGGCAUUUGUUCUAGUGCAAUAAAUGUGUAUAAAGCAAGGUGGGAGAUGAAGUGACCCUGCUGCAGCUUGUGCAGCACCAAAGCUGAGGGUGGUGUGUGCUGAGGAGGGCUCUGGCAAGUGAGGGGUGCAAGGAGUGUGUGGUGUUCCUCCUUCUGGUGUGUGUCCAGCACUGAGGACAGAAAACAAUUGGUCAUCAUAACCAAACUUUCCAAGCAUCCCUAACCCUUGAUUUUCUCUCUAAAGUGCAACAGACAAAUAAAAUCCAGGUUUUCUUUGGAAAGGAGUGAAAUCAUUCCUGUUGGCAUGGAACAAGUGUCCCUGUGUCCAGUUGCUGUUCCUGAGCUGAUCUGUGGGCAUUGGGGUAAGGAGCAGUGGCUCCUUAGAGCUUAGGGUGCUUGAGCACUUGUUUGUGAAUAUUUACUCUUGGAAUACUUGUGCUUAUCAAUAGAUACGAGUGUCAACUUUGAAUACACUUGUUUUUAUGCAUGUUGGUAUUUCUCUUCAUUAGAAAUCCAACAGGAGUGUGUUACUAGAGAGUUUUUAAGUUGGUAAUUAAAUUAAAAGGCUAAGAACCUUUUGUUGUAGACACAACAAAGUGUUUUGUCAAGUGUGUGUGGAAGGUGAAGUGAGGCUGUUGAUGGAAAUUCAUUCAGAGGCCAGUGUAUGUAACUUCAGGUUUUAGUCCUCAAUAAGGUAAAAAGAAAUAGAGGUGGGGAAGGAUAUUUUCAACAUCUGAAGAGUCUUCCUCAGGAAAGUGGACUAAGUUGUAAUGCCUUAGGGAACAUCUCCCUCAUGUUGGGGAAACAGGCAACAGACUGAGGUAUUGUCUUCAGAAAAACAACCGGGGGAGGUUGUUGUCUUAAAGAAGCAGAAAUCCUUGUGUUGAUAACAUGGUCAGGGAUGAGUUUAUUUAAUUCAGUAAAAACAUCUGCAAAAUAAAUAAGCAGGUCUUAACUGAG